UCUGUGGUUUUUCAUUUCUCAAUGAGUUUGGGAGGGGUAGAAUGCGUGUGUAUUUCUGAAUUCCGGAUAUAUGCUUUAAUUUAUUAUGUAUUGUCGUUAAAUCGUGUGUAUGCUGUGCUGUUGCGAAAAUGUGUGUUGAUUGAACAUUAUAAAUAUAGUGUAACAUACUUUGCUCAGUUUCUUUCUAUUCUAUGGGCGUUGAUAAUCAUGCAAAAUGGCCAACGAUUUGUGGUCAUGUACCUGUUGUACGGAGGCUCUUACGUGUUGGUUGCGCCUAAAACUGUCGCCGGAGGAGAUAGAGCAGCGCUACAGGAGCAAGGAAAUAGAUAGAAUACUAGAGAAGGAGAAGCAGACACUGAGGCGGCAGGUAAAACUGCUGUUGCUCGGAGCAGGUGAAAGCGGAAAGUCAACAUUCCUGAAACAGAUGAGGAUAAUACACAAAGUGAAGUUCGAGCCGGAACUAGUGCGGGAGUACCAGCAUGUGAUAUACCAGAAUAUCGUGAAGGGGAUACAGGUGUUGGUGGACGCGAGAGACAAGCUCGCCAUACCGUGGGAGAAUCCCAGAAAUUUGGACGUUGGGCAGCAGGCACUGCACUUCAACAGUACCUCAUCGUUAGACAGUCGACUGUUCGUGCAUUACGCGCCACACAUACACUCCCUGUGGUUAGACAGAGCCAUAAAAAGGGCCUAUGACCGGCGGAGAGAAUUUCAAUUGAGCGACUCUGUGAGUUACUUCUUCGACGAGUUGGAGCGCAUCGCCCGACCGGACUACAUCCCCUCCCACCAGGACAUCCUGCACUGCCGGAAAGCCACCAAGGGCAUCACGGAAUGUACCAUCAACAUCAACAAUGUGCCAUUCGUGUUCGUCGACGUCGGCGGCCAGCGGACGCAGCGACAGAAGUGGACGCAGUGCUUCGACUCAGUCACCUCAAUACUGUUCCUUGUGUCCUCUUCAGAGUUCGACCAAGUCUUGUCUGAAGACAGGAAAACGAACCGCCUAGAAGAGGCAUUAAAUAUCUUCGACACGAUCGUGAACAACGUGAACUUCAAGGGCAUCUCCAUCAUCCUGUUCCUGAACAAGUCGGACCUGCUGGCGCGCAAGGUGGGCAGCAAGGAGACCGACAUCCGCUGGUUCUACCCGCAGUUCGCGGGCGACCCGCACAGCCUGCGCGACGUGCAGCUGUUCCUGCUCAACAUGUUCGCGGACGUGCGCCGCGAGCCCAAGACCACGCUCUACCACCACUUCACCACCGCCAUCGACACGCACAACAUCGAGGUUGUAUUCAACUCCGUCAAAGACACGAUCCUCAAUCGAAACCUAGAGUCGCUCAUGCUGCAGUGACCUCACUACGGAAUUGUUUAUGUGAUAUCUGCUGGCAAUAUUUUCGUCUCGUGAUACGUUUUCGCGAUUUUCCAUUAUUGUGUUUUCCUCGUAUCUUGCUAACCAGCAUAAUAUUGUAAAGCACAUCUGAAAAGACAAAGAAUGUGAUUUAGUUGAUGAGGGGCCGUCGCCGACGGUCCGCCGAGUGGCUCUUGUAUAAAUGUAAUAUGACACGUAUUUAUUUACCAAAUGUAUGGGAUUUGGUAAACCUAUGUACCUUAGUGUAAUGUAAUGUAAUUAUAAAAUUUGUAUAUCAGUAUAUUUAUGACCAAAAAUGUAGAUUUUGCACGUGAUGGACAUUAUUAUGAUCAUUGAGAUAUAUUGUUUUGUUUGAAAACGUUGCUACACUUUAUUCUGUGUAUCGCGUGCGUUUGCACAUAACAUGCACGAACGCCGGCAACAAAUAUUUGUAGGUCACACAGGUAUUUGUGCCGUUCACCUGAAACUGUAUUCUUUAGCGCUAAAUAUAAAUUUAACCGUCGAUCUGUUCCAAGAGGAAUCAAAAUUGUAGUCCAGUAUUGUAACACAAACCGUGUGCAAUAAGUAACUUAGUGAAUCAGAAGUAUUGUACGCCCAAUUCCUUUUAAAUUUUGCAGUUUUUCUACCGUUUUAUUAAUAGUAGGAAUUCUAAAUUAAUGUUUAUUAAAAUGUAUCGCUCGCGAGCUUGCAAUGACAGUAAUUCGUUGGAGUGAAAUGUAUUAAAUUUACAAAAUAUUAAAAAUGCCAUGUAACCUUUUAAUCGUGUAAGUUAUUUGUAAGAACUCAAUUUCACUAAAUUCCAUGUGUAUCUAGUUGUAUCACCGCUUGAAGCCACGUAUCACUCAACUAUAGGAUAAUUAGAUAUUUUGAUAUGACGUUUCCUCCAACGAAGCUGGUGUCGCGGGCGGCCGUAGCGUUAGCGCGUAGAGUAUGCGUGAUGGCCGGGCUCACCUGUCACAUAGAUGUAGUUACAAUGAGAUUGCUCUUAUAGGGUGCCACGAAGCAAAGGAACUCCUUUGCGAUGGGAAGACUUUAUAUAAAUCCCUUCAGGGAGUAAAAAUGUAUAUAAAUAACCAUUGUUAGAGAAAUCGUUUAUAAUCUGUGAUUAAAGUGUAAAAAGUAUUAGGCUGUAAACAGCAACGAAAAGUAAGUCUUUUGCAACAAAGCUUUUUUACGUUUUACAUGGCUGAGGAGUGACGCUCAAGUGUACGCUACGAACCUGCGAUGGUGACUCCAGCCGCGAUUCUCACGAGUAUUCCGUCCCUUGGCAGGCGCGAGUUAAUGCAAUGACGUGUAAUCUCACUAUAACUUUACCACGUAAUUUUAAUUAUAACAAAUUUUGUACAAUAUACAACAUAUAUUUUUGAAGUCGGGCACAAAGGUCGGAUACCUUUUUGAUAAUUUUUAUUGCACUGGCUUUUGUACGUGAGAAAGAACGAUCUGAUAUAGUUUAAACAUUAAGUACAACGCAUAAUUUCGAUCAUAAUAAUUAUACUCAUUUAGUUUAAGGUCUUGUAAGCUUUAGCAUAUUUAUUUUGAGACCGUCUACAGCUAUUGUUUAUUUACGUGAGAGUUUUAGAUAGAAGUUAUCUAUUUAUUAUGUGUACAUUUUUAUGGAUGGUUUAUUGAGGCUAAAUGUGUAAAUACCUCUUAAUUUUAAUAUGUAUAUCGUUUCAUUAGUAUUUUAGUUUUAAUAUGUUUUGGUUAAUUUAAUGGUCUGAUCGGUUAAAUAAAUACGGAUUCUAUUUCCAAUAUCAGUGAUAAAAUUGCAUUUAGUAGUGCCAUUGUGUGGUGCAAACAGUGUUGCCACUGAAAAAAACAUGCCUAAAAAUAUAAUGUCAACACUGCCGCGUAAUAUUCGUUCUUAAUUGACGCUCACGUUUUGUGACUAAUACGAAAAAUAAUAAUAAAGAAAUACGAUUUUAUCAGAAUCCAUUGCUAUUCCCUUUUUAAGACAGAGGAAGAAUGUUAGAAGAGAUUUAGACUGGUCCAUUAUGGUUUAAAAUCAAAUAACUUGUAUUGAUGCCAAAGGUUGACUAACAUCUGAACAUGACGCGCACAUUGCGUUACUAUUUUGGGUACAUAAACUGUUAGGUGCUCGGUCUUGGUAAAUGGUAACUCAUGCUUGUUGUAAGCCUGGCUUCUUAUACACAGGGUGUCACGGAGGUGCUCUUAUUCGGAAUACAAUAUUGUUGCUUCAAAAUAGUUAUAGUUUAUUCCGUAAAAUAUAUUUAGCAUUUUCCGUGCUAAUCUCGAUCAUCUGAAUUUGAACAGAACGUCGAUUAUAAAGAAAUGGUAGUUGAACAGUUGUGCAUUUCCUUUACACCUUUUAUUUAAAAACUGCAUACAAAGGAUUUUAAUUCAAUUUGUUUAAGCGUUGCUUAGACGAGGACAACCACAAACAGCGGUCAAAUGGUCUUCUUAAAAUUAGCUAUUUCUGAACUAAUAUGUCACCCACCCCUCCGUUUUUCUUCUUAAAGUUACGAAAUGUAGUUCGAUGAUAUUCGGCCCACAUGCAUCUGAAUAGUGCUACCAGAAUCCAGACUCAAAAACUUACCCGUAAUUAAUUCCUAUUAUGUAAGCCGUGAUUCAGUUGUGAAUAUUAAGUCAGAUAUUUGAAAGCAUCAAUUUAAUUAGUUGUCAAAAGCUGAUCAUAACCGUGACUUACUCUGUGGUCAACAGGCUUUUAAAAACCGGUCGUUUAAAUACUAUUUGAGAAAUACCUUUAACCGUCCCGAGUGAUUCAGUCAUGUAUAUUCAUAAUAUUCGAAGCCAGGUUUACAAAGUUUAAUAUAGAUGAAAUGCUCCUGAUAACUGUUUCCCUGUACAGUCGUGUGUGAGUUGAAUAUGUUGAAAUAAUGAACUGAUUUAAGGUUUGGUGUAUAGUGAGGUGAGCGGUCUCAAACGAGGUUUUAUACGACGCUGUUAUUGUCCUGUUGCGUGGAACGUGUUUAUUGUAAAUAAUGUUUGUAUACAGGUUUUGUAAGGCUCAUCGUCAUGUAUAAUAGAACUGUAGAUCUAUCAUGAGGUUUUAACGUAGUUCGGGUAUUUGGGGUCUUGGAUGACGUCAUUUUGUAAUCUGUACAUGUUGAGGGUUCUAUUUAAUCGUUUUUUUUUUCAAUAUGACAGCAGAAUGUAUUUGAUUUUCCUUUUUAAAUAAUGCGAAAACUCUUUAAUCAUUUUUAAAAUAUGUAAGUGUAAUGAUAUAAUGUGAAUCAGAGAAGAAUCAUCAUAAUUAUAAUGUGCUCUAAAUUUUAUGAAAUUAAUUUAUUACAAUAUUUUUUAUAAUACCGGUCACAAAUGAAGUGUGAUGUAUUCGGCUCAAGCAUGCGACGUUCCACGUAACAGCUGGCUGAUGUACGCUAAGGGUGCCAAUCGUGUUGCUCGAAGAAAAUAUCCACAAAUAUAAUUAAAAUGUAUAGCACCGUUAGGCCUAUGGAUAUUUUUCGGUAGUUAUCGAACCAUCCCUAGCCGUGGUAACUAAGUUAGUUGUAUGUUAUGAAUUUUAAAAGUAUGUUAAGAGUCGUUUUACACUCAUGUUAACGUAUGCUAGAGUGUUGACAAUAUCUUUUGGAAUUCCUCUAUAUUUUGUAUACAGCCCAAUAUUUAUUGUACAGUGUAAUAAAACACCAUGCAUGUA